AUGGCAUAUGUUGCUGUAAGAGCCGAGCUGAACUGCUCCGUUUGCAUGGAGAUUUAUACGGGGCCAGUGACGCUGCCCUGUGGGCACAACUUCUGCCAGCGCUGCAUUGAGAUUACAUGGGACACUCAGGUGGAGAUGGAGGAAAGUCCCUCGUGUCCUGAAUGCAGAAAGAGAUUUGGGAGGAGGCCUGAGCUCAGGAGAAACCAGACACUGCACAACAUAGCAUUGGGGUUACGAGCUACCCACCCCCCACAAGACGGGACGGGCAUCUACUGCACUUACUGCGACUCUCCUGUGCCUGCUGCUAAAAGCUGCCUCCUGUGUGAGGCCUCCCUGUGUGCCCAACAUGUGACAAUGCACAGCAAGGCUAAGGAACACAUCUUAACUGCACCCACCACUUCCCUGGGCAACAGAAAAUGCCCUGCACACAGGAAGCUCCUGGAGUCCUAUUGCUGUGACGAUGGCACCUGUAUCUGUGUGUCCUGCCACCUGGAACGGGAUUCUGGCAGGUCUGAGGAGGGUGAUGAUGAGGAGGACAGGGAACUAUCUCCUGCAGUGUCUCUGGACGAGAAUCUGAUCUUGGUGACACUGAUGAUAGGGCUAGAAGGGAUUGUGGCCGAUGUGAAAGGAAAGGUCUAUGGGCAGGAGGCUACAGAGAUGUUUCUGGAUAUGAACACAGCAGGACAACUUGUGGAUAUAGCAGGAGACAAUGACACUGUAGCCUAUAUAGGAACGGAGCAGGGCCACCCAGAGGUGCCACAGAGAUUUAAGGAUCACCCUCAGGUAUUAAGCACCAACAGCUUCUCUUCAGGGCGACAUUAUUGGAAUAUAGAGGUGACAAUGACAGGAGACUGGGGGGUAGGGGUGGCCUAUCCUAGUAUUGCAAGGGAAGGAGCUGAGUCUCUGCUGGGCAAUAAUAACAAGUCCUGGGUUUUGUACAAAACAGAUGAUGAAUAUUCCGUUAGACAUGAUAGCCAACAUGCUAUUCUACCCAACGCGCCCCUGAGUGAGGGCAUCAAGAUCUCAUUGGACUAUGAGGCCGGGCGCCUGUCUUUUUAUGAGCUGAGUGAGCCAAUCAGACACUUACACACUUUCACUGCCUCCUUCACUGAGCCCCUCCAUGCUGCGUAUUGGGUAUGGGACUGUGUUUGGGUGCGCACCUAG